GUGCAAAAAAUAGCUUAUUUUUGUGUAUUAAGUAAAAGGAAACAGAGAAAAUACACUUUAGUGUAGGAGGGAUUGAGGGAAUAUUAAUUGCAACUAAUAUUUAAUGUCGAACAAAUAAUAUUCCAAAAUUAUGGGUACUAUACAUGACAGAGAACGGAGGUAGUGUGAUAUAAUUGACAUUAUCAUAGGUUUCUAUUUUUUCCUUUUGUCAAAAGCACUACCAAAUACUUAAAGUUUCUUUCUUUUAUACUUGUACUUCUAUUGGUAGUUUGUUAAAGUUCCACUUCCACCCAAUAUAAAGUUGAAACUGUAUAAGUCUAAACAAAAAAAAAAAAAAUUUUAAUAAACUUUAUGUAGUACAAAUACUAGAAAUUGUAGAAGUUAUUCUUCUCCAUCUUCUCGUAAUUUUAUUGGCGCAAUAAUAUGGCAAUGGAGGGUGUUAUAAUUGGCCUUAGCCACCCUCUUUUGGAGUAUGAGAAUGAAUGGGAUGUAAACCACAAGCAUUCAACAAAUGAAGGCGACUCCUCUUUCUUCAAAGCUUUCUUCAAUGGCCUAAACGCCCUUUCAGGGGUUGGAAUUCUAUCAGUACCAUAUGCUCUAGCAUCAGGUGGCUGGUUAAGUCUGAUACUGAUCUUCAUUGUCGCGACAGCAGCAUUCUACACGGAUUUGCUUAUAAAACGAUGUAUGGAAGCUGAUUCAAGCAUAAGAACAUACCCUGAUAUAGGGGAGCGUGCAUUUGGGAAGAUUGGAAGAACAAUAACAUCAGUAUUUAUGUGCACAGAGUUAUACUUAGUUGUUACAGGUUUCCUAAUCUUAGAAGGCGACAAUCUGCAUAACCAUUUUCCUGGUCUGAAAUUGGAAACUUCUUGGCUGCAACUUGGAGGAAGAGAGAGUUUUGUGCUGCUUAUUGCCCUUAUCAUUCUUCCCUCAGUUUGGUUGGAUAAUCUUAGUAUUCUUUCGUACAUCUCUGCUACUGGUGUCCUCGCUUCUGUUGUGAUUAUUGCGUCGAUUUUACAUGUUGGAACAUUUGAUGGGAUAGGAUUUCACAGUAAGGGUGAUGUACUAAAUUGGUCAGGCAUUCCUACUUCAGUUAGCUUGUAUGGCUUCUGCUAUUGCGCACAUCCUGUUUUUCCUACCUUGUACAACUCAAUGCAGAAAAAACAUCAGUUUUCUAAGGUACUACUUCUCUGUUUUCUCUGCUCGACUAUUGGUUAUGCAUCAAUGGCAAUCAUUGGAUAUCUGAUGUAUGGUUCGGAAGUUGAAUCACAAAUAACUCUGAACCUUCCAACUGAUAAAAUAUUCUCUAAAAUUGCAAUCUAUACAACGUUGGUUAAUCCUCUAUCCAAGCACGCGCUGAUGUUAGAACCUGUUGUGAAUUCUACAGAGAGCUGGUUCCCAAAUCUUCACAACAAAAAGCAUUUCAAACUUGUGUUAAGGACAAGUUUGGUUGCUACUCAAGUCAUUGUAGCAUUGGUUGUUCCGUUUUUCGGGUAUCUCAUGUCUCUAGUAGGAGCAUUUUUAAGCAUUACUGCAUCAAUCACACUUCCAUGCUUGUGCUAUAUAAAAAUUACAGGCAAUUACAUGAAAGGUGAAGGAUUAUUAGUGGUUGCUACUGUUGUAUUGAGUGUAUUGAUAGCAAUAUUUGGUACUUAUACUUCUUUAGUACAAAUCAUACAAGGAACUGUUGUUGGUUAAUUAUUUAAUAUAUUGUUAGAUUGUUAGAUGCUACACAUUGAAUGAAGGAUUUGUUUGUGUA